AUGGCCAGGCAGGAGCAGGAUCGUCUCUUUUAUCUUAAGGAUAUCCCCAGACCAGCGGUGGCUCCUCAGAAGAAGGCUCCUCAGUUCAUGCUGGAUCUUUUUAACGUGGUUUCUGUCACGGGUGGGACCCCGAAAAGCCAGACGGACAUUCUGGAAGGAAACACGGUGCGGAGUUUCAGCGAUAAAGGACAACCUGGAGAGAGUUUUCACUUCUUCAACUUGUCAUCUUUCGGCAGAGAUGAGAGAAUGAUCAAAGCGCAGUUCCGCUGGUUCCGAAAGAAAAGGAAGUUUUGUCCCGGAAGCUUUCACACGCCUCAUUUCUACAAAGUGGCUCUGUAUGAGGUGCUGGAGAACCUUGUGAAGCCAUGGCGAGGAAAUCUCAUCACCUCCAGAUUGGUUCCACUAUACACACAAGGAUGGGAAGUCUUCAAUGUCACUCAGAUGGUAUCCAAGUGGAUCCACAACAGUCAGGAGGAUAACGGCAUCCUGGUGGUGACUACACUUCCUUCCGGUAACUGGAUGGAGUCGGUGUUGCAUUCAUCUAAACAGAAUGUAGAGCUGACAGACACAAGCGCCUACCUGGUCAUAUUCUCACACGACAAACAGACAGGAGCAUCAAACCAGUCAUACUUUGGACAAGCCCAACCUGAACCGGCUGCCCCCGAGCACCGCAGCAGAAGGCCUCGUGCAAUUUCGAGUAUCAUGCCCCUCGACCACUGCCAGCGCGUUUCUCUGUUUGUUGACUUCGAGGAGAUCGGCUGGUCGGGCUGGAUCAUCUCUCCCCGUGGAUACAAUGCCUAUCACUGUACGGGCUCCUGUCCGUUCCCGCUGGGGGUAAACAUCAGGGCGACCAACCACGCCACAGUGCGUUCUAUCAUGCACGCACUCAAGGUUACUAGUGAUGAGGUGGAAGCGCCCUGCUGCGUGCCGGACACGCUCCAGUCUAUGAGUCUGUUGUAUUUUGACGAUGAGGAGAAUGUGGUUUUAAAGCAGUAUGACGACAUGAUGGCGUUAAGCUGUGGUUGUCAUUAG